AUGGCAAGGCUCUCAGCUUGUCUGGUUUAUGCUUUAACCUUAUUUGUUCUCAUCAAUGUUGCACUGGCUGAUUACGAGCCAUACACACCCAAGUACAAAGAAACUCCAUACAAGAAACCAGUUGUGGAGGUUACUGCCGGGGUAUAUAUUCCUGAGCAUGAAUACAAGCCUAAACAUGAGUACAAAUAUGCUUCUCCACCACCACCAGCUUACGUUGCUCCUAAAUACGCAUACUCGUCACCACCACCACCGGUUUAUGUCGCUCCAAAAUACCCAUCACCCAAGUAUACUCCCAAAUAUGUCUAUGCGUCACCACCACCACCAGUCUACGUAACUCCCGAAUACCCAACACCAACCUACACUCCCAAAUAUGUCUAUGCGUCACCACCACCACCAGCGUACGUCCCACCCAAGUACCCAACACCAACAUAUACUCCUAAGUAUACCUACUCAUCACCACCACCACCAGCCUACGUCGCACCCAAAUACCCAGCAACAACAUAUACUCCUAAGUAUACCUACUCAUCACCACCACCACCAGCCUACGUCGCACCCAAAUACCCAACACCAGCAUAUAUUCCUAAAUAUGUCUACUCAUCACCACCACCUCCCGCUUACGUCGCUUCCACCUACCCAUCACCACCACCACCUGCUUACGUCGCUCCCGUAGUCUACCCAUCUCCAUCCCCACCACCACCAGCUUAUGUCGCUCCCGUAGUCUACCCUUCCCCAUCCCCACCACCACCAGCCUACGUCGCUCCCGUAGUCUACCCAUCCCCAUCCCCUCCACCACCAGCUUACAUCGCUCCCGUAGUCUACCCAUCCCCAUCCCCACCACCACCGGCUUACGUCGCUCCCAUAGUUUACUCAUCUCCACCACCAACCUAUUCCUACAAGUCUCCACCACCACCAGCUUACAUUGCCCCCAAACAUGAAUACAAGCCUAAAUAUGAAUACAAGCCUAAACAUGCAUACAAAUAUGCUUCUCCACCACCACCAGCAUACGUUGCCCCCAAAUAUGUCUACCCAUCACCUCCUCCACCAGUUUACGUCGCUCCCAAAUACCCAUCACCAAAGUAUACCCCUAAAUAUGUAUACUCAUCACCACCACCACCAGCUUACGUUGCUCCCAAAUACCCAUCACCAAAGUAUACCCCUAAAACUGUCUAUCCAUCUCCACCAACACCAGCUUAUUACUAA